GUUUUGGCGGCACAAGGGGGACCUACACAAUAUUAGGCAGGUGGUAUUAAUGUUGUGGCUGAUUGGUGGAGAUAUACAUGUAUAAAUAAAUGUGAAGAACAAUCAAUAUUGUGUUCCUCAUGAAUCAUCAAGUUUAUAAUAAAGUCAGCUUAGCGUUUUGCCUUGAAUUUUUUCAGGUGUUAUUUCAUUCCCAGUCCCUAAAGCUUCUUUUCUGGACUGGAAAUUCAGAAAACAACUGGCAAACGCCGUUGUUUCGAAGAAACAGUAUCGUGGUGAAAUCCUGGCCCCCGGCUCUGGAUUGGACAAGCAUGGGCUCUCAUAGGGGCUCUGGAGUCUGUCAUCUCUCAGUAGUGAUGUGAGUACUGAUGCGCACCCAUUCAGAGUCAGACUGCACCGGUUCAAACAACUGACAUUUAAACAUCGGUGAAAUUAAGAAGUUUUUCUUGCGCGGAUCACAGAAGGACUUUCUUUGUCUUUUUUUAUUUUUUAUUUUAUUUUAUUUUUUUAUGAUUACUCCGUCUUCGGUAGUUUCUGGAGUUAUCAAAUCUCAAGAGGUCUGUUUUCCGGUUGAUGGCAUCAUUUCCACUCUCCAUUCUCCAGGGAACACAGUGGAAUACUAAAUGGUGAUAUGAAGAACGGCAAACAACACACGGACUGACGAUUGAACCAUCAGUUCUUUCAAAAUCAGUAUUUUUUGGAAGCUUUUGCCAAUGUGGAUUCUUGAUAAUGCGUGGCAGUUUCUCUCGAGAUAGUAAAUGUUUGGUAUUCCUCAUUUUUAAUUGUCGAAACAAAAAUCUGGACUUUUGUGUUUAAAAGUUACAAAACGAGACUUGGUUAUUUGAACCAAAGGAAUUUCAGUCUUCCUGUAAGGCUGACUCGUAGCCUCUAGUGAGGUAGCUGUUGCCUCGAGCUGCAGCGAUGGACAUUGAGGCGAGGCAUCAUCCCUUCUCCCCAGCAACCUCACUAUGCUGAGCAAUGCCUUCGAUGUGGUGUACAUGAUGCUGGAGCUGCUGAUUGCCCUGCUCUCUGUCCUGGGCAACGUGCUGGUCUGCUGGGCAGUGGGCCUCAACAGCAACCUCCAGAGCAUCACCAACUUCUUUGUUGUUUCACUGGCUGUCGCGGAUAUUGCAGUGGGUGUGCUGGCCAUCCCUUUCUCCAUCGUGAUCAGCACUGGUUUCUGUGCCAAUUUCUAUGGUUGUCUCUUCAUCGCCUGCUUUGUGUUAGUAUUGACUCAGAGCUCCAUAUUUAGCCUUUUGGCCAUUGCCAUUGACCGCUACAUUGCCAUCAAGAUCCCACUAAGAUAUAACAGCCUAGUAACAGGGCAGCGUGCCAAAGGCAUCAUUGCAAUCUGCUGGGUUCUAUCGGUGAUCAUCGGUCUCACGCCCAUGCUAGGCUGGCACAAAGAACGCUCUGGGGAGCCCCUCAACAGCACCUGCCAGCCCGGCAUGAUGGAAUGUUUGUUCGAGGAGGUUGUCGUCAUGGACUACAUGGUUUACUUUAACUUCUUUGCCUGUGUGCUGCUGCCUUUGCUUCUCAUGCUGGCCAUAUACCUGCGAAUCUUCAUGGCUGCACGCCACCAACUCAAAUGCAUUGAGUCCAAGGCCUUGCCGUGUGAGCUCAAGUCCCGUUCUAUCCUGCAGAAAGAGGUCCAGGCAGCAAAGUCGCUGGCUAUCAUUGUUGGAUUGUUUGCGGUGUGCUGGCUGCCUUUGCACAUCAUCAACUGUUUCACUCUGUUUUGUCCGGAGUGUCAACGGCCGCCGGUUAUUAUCAUGUACCUGGCUAUAAUCCUCUCACAUGCUAACUCGGUCGUCAACCCUUUCAUCUAUGCUUACCGUAUUCGCGAAUUCAGACACACCUUCCGAAAAAUCAUGCGCUAUCAUAUCUUGGGCAGACGGGAGCCGCUAUCUAGCAAUGGGAGCACCCGUACCUCUGCCCGAGCAAGCAUGGCAGACUCACUUAGAAUUAAAGUCAACGGGCUGGUGCGAGAUCUCUACACAGAGCAGAGCAGCACAACCAGCAGCUGUGAAAGUGCAGAGCCUGGGCACACACAUAGGAAUACUUCUACAGAAAACUCAAUAUUAGACAACAAGCCUUUAGAAGUCACUAAUUCUCACAGGCAUCGAGCAGACUCUUCUCUAAGGCUUCCAGAGUCAGUGCUCACUGGGAAUAAUCAGGGAACUGCCUGCAGGAAGCAUGCUAUGUUUGAAAUUAGGGAUGGGACAGACCUGUCCUCGUCUCUUCACAUUAAAUCAGUUCUGUGCCUACAAACAGCUCACUGUACUGAGCUCACAGAGGUUUCCUGACAGCUGUAACUCUCUGAAUGAUGGAUUAUGCUCUGUCGUAUUUAUUUGUGGCCCUGCAAGAAAGACGGGCUAAUAUUUAAAAGACAAAGUGUAAACAUUUUUUUGCUUCUUUAAGGACUUGCCAUACACUUUAACACUUGGAUUCUGUGUACAGAGCUUGUUAAUGUGACCAAAAGUGACAAAACUACCCCAGAUAUUGGGCAAAAAUUCCUCCAUAGUGAAUUCCUCAGUUUUUAAUCUGACGUUGACUUGAUUUUGUAGGUAGCCGUAAUUUGUUUAGAUUAGGAAUUUAUUUCAAUUAAUUGAUUUUAUACAAAUUUACUCACCCUCAUGCCAUUCCAGAUGUGUAUGACUUUCUUUCUUCUGCUGAACACAAAGAUUUAAUAAUAAAAAAAAAAAUUCAGCUCUGUUGGUCCAUACAAUGUAAGUGAAUGGUGACCAAAACUUUGAAGCUCCAAAAAGCACAUAAAGGCAGCAUAAAGUAAUCCACAUGACUCCAGUGGUUAAAUAUGUCAUCAGAGGCUAAAUGAUAAGUUUUGGGGUUUUGAGUAAACUAUCCCUUUAAUAAAGAUGUUAAUUUCUGACAGUGAUUAAUUUAAUUUCUCUAUAUAAUAUUUUUCUUUCUUUUUUUUUUUUUCAUUUUUAUUUGGAUUGUUUUGGUAGGAUUCAUGAUAAUGAGUCUGGUGAUGGUUGAUUCAGAAGUAAUAACUUAAUCCAGUGGGCAUGAACAAACUAUUGUAUAAGUGCAACCUUAGUAACUGCACUACGAUAUAAACAUGAACCCAAAUAUUGGUAUGCAUAUGAAAUAAUACCCAUCGAGCACUGCUUUUAGAUGGCUAAUAGGAAUUGGUAGAGCAUUAAACCACCGCUGUAGCAAAACAUUCGAUCACAGGACAGUUAAAACAGUGUCAAAAUGUUUUCACUGGUGUCAUCAACAGCUUGCAAGAGUUAGCUGAUGGUUACCAGUACUAUUUAUGACCCAGUUUCUAAGCAUUUGGUACAAAUGAAAAGGUUUAAUCUGUUCAGUGUUAGGUAGUCUGGUGGAAGACUGUAUUCCAUAAGGCUGGCAGAUGUCUAUACUAUAAAGCAUUGCAACUCUUCAUAAAGCAUGUCUAUAAGUGCUGAUAAGUCUUAUGCAAGCUCUAUGGUGAGUUUUAAGCAGUGUUGCUCUUUUAUUCUUUUACUUCUUUUAGUGUUGUUUUUAAUGGAAGUUCAUUCACAUAGAUAAAAUGGAAUUUUAUCUCAUGUGAAUGUGCUUUUGUUGCACAUGUCAGAUUUUGUACUACCCUGCCAAUGUUGAUGAAUCAUAUGAUUUCUUUUUUAAUCCAUUUUGCUUGUAUUUUGUGCUAAUUAUGUCUGCCUUGUCAUAAUGUACAAGAGAUCAGGUCAUCCAGUUCUGAAGCACAGAAACAGCAAUGUGAACACAUUUUCCUUUAACACAUGAAUAAAUGACAAUUACUCAGCAGCAAAUGGAGGUCUUUUAUCAAAUAACAUGAGUGAGCACACACAGUUCCCUGAUUAUAUAAUGUAUUUAAAGAUAAUAGAGUUUGAAAGAUGUUUCUGUAACAUCCAGUUAUGACCUAAUCAUAAUUUUCAAACCAAACAAUUAUUGUCAUGUGUGAGUAUCUACUGGGUCUCAGCAGCAACCAGACUAGGAGAGACAGGGGCAAAUAGUCACAUGGGGAGGUUGUCAGAAAGGCUAUCUCUCAGUGUACUGGCAGCGGCCCUGACUGCUCCAGGCGAUCGGAUAGGAGCCCCUCCUCCCCUCGUGGUCGGCGGCCGUUCCUCCGCUCUCAGGCAGCCAGACUCCUCCGUUCCCCGGCGGAUGGCCACGGCCGCUCUGUUGGGGUGGAUGGUAGUGGCAAGGACUCUACUACGGCACAUCCCUCCUCCUUCCCGGUUUUCGGCACCAGCGUACAGGGAUUAGAGGGAAAAGAGGAGGCGAGAACCGGCUUGAUAAUAUAAAUAAUAGUUUAAUAAGAAACUGAACCAAAAAGACAAACACACACAGGUGUCAGGCAGCUGCCCUUAACUCUCUCUCUGUUGCACUGCCGUCUCCGGUCGCCUUUAUCCCUCUCGGGCUUAAACAGCCUAAUUAGGGGCCGGGUGUGCGGAAUCACGGCCCGGCCCCGCCCUCUGC